AGGGGACGCUCCUGGAUUUCAUUCUUGUUCCCCCCAAACAGCAUGCCAUUACCCAUAUCAAAAUUACUAACAACACUACUCAUAUUACCGUCGCUUUUACUCAUAUUAUCAGCUACACAACGGCUACUCGUGUCGGCACAAAACGAUGCUUCUUCAACAUCAGCCAUACUUGAUGAACGCAUAAAUAACAUUGUUGUUUUUGGAGAUUCGUAUUCUGAUGUCGGCAAUCAACAGAGAUUAACAAAUGGUCCGCUAUGGAGCGAAAAUUUAGCAGUUGGAUGGAACGCUUCUUUGUACAGUUUUGCAUUUAGUGGAGCAGUAUGUGAUAAUGAUCUAUAUCCUAAGGAAAACACUUUUAUACCAAGUAUCACGGAUCAAAUCGAAAUGUUCUACGAACAAUAUCAAGCCGAUCACAUCGAUAUAAAAGAUGCUAUGAACGAGACAGUCUUUAUAUUUUGGGUUGGAUUGAAUGACGUAUUCAAAAUAACAUCAACGACAAAAGAUACAUCAGAAGAAGAACAACAAUAUAGUAGAGUGGUGGAAUGUAUUGGUACAAACAUUCGAAAUAUACGCAAGUUAUUUGGAGCAAACAAGUUUAUUGUGUUUGGCAUACCUCCUUUUGAAAAGAUGCCCUAUUUUUCACCUAACACCAACACCAACAGCAGCAGCAGCAGCAACAAGAGUAGUAGCGAUCCUAAGAACAAAGAGGCCAUGGAGAGGGCAGCCCAUCAAUUAGACGAAUUACUGGCCAGACACGUCGAGAAAAUGAACAAGCAUCUCCAAUAUUUGGAACUGGAUUUGGUAGAUGUGCAUAAACUGAUUGAUGAUAUUGUCUCGCAACCGGCUAUCUUUGACUUGAAGAAUGCUCACGAUGCUUAUUGGGAAAUAUGCCAAGGUCAAUGUCAAGAUGACGUGAAUAGCUAUGUUUGGUGGGACUCUAUGCAUUUAACAGGUGGCAUCCAUCGUCUCAUUGCCAACAGCAUUCUUAUGGCAGGUUCACUCGCCCCCGAGACGUAUUUACCGGAUGACAUUGACGUAGAAGCCUACUUGUAUAAAGAAGGAAAUGUACAGUACAAAUCACCCAAGUUCAAAGCGGCCAAAAAUACGGGCGAGAUCGAACGAGCGAUCCAUAAGUUGAAUGAGGACAAGUUAUCAGAGGCCAUGAAUCACAUUGUCAGCGAACAAGAAGAGAUUUUAUCGAGUGAACAUAACAACGAUGAAGCACCCGAAUCAGCAGCAGAUCGUAGUAGAAACCACCACAUUGUCGAGUUCAGCCAUAUCUAUCUGAUGAUGGGCGGGCUUAUCUUCAUUUCAAUUGGCUUUCUAUUGUUUCUUCGCAAGACAAGAAGACGGGGUGCCGCUAAAAUGAAUGCACUUUCAAGCUUGUUAAAGAAGAACCAUAAAGCUCUGUUUCGACCUUUGAGGAAUAUGGACAAUGAAGUAUAGCGCACGGGAGCAAAAUAAAAAAAAAAAAAAAAAAAAAAAAAAAAA